AUGAUUAAAUUUAUAAUAAUAUUCGUCGGUUUAAUAAAUAAUUUAUAUACGACGAACGUGGGAGCAGAUUCGAUGGAUAAAUGCAGGCCCGUUAAAAAUACAAUGUUAACGUGUUUGGAUUCGACGGCUGGAGAUUUACCGAAAGGCGUUAAUAACGAAAUAGAAUGGUUGAUAUUUACACGAUCGAACGUUCCAGUUUUAAAUAAAAAUCAUUUAAGUAAUUUUCCAUCGUUGACGGAUUUACAUUUAAAAGAUGCAAAAUUAGAAAAAAUAGAAGAUGAUGCUUUCGUCAAUUCGAAUUCUCUCGCAUGGGUAGACGUGUCAAUAAAUAAACUCACGACGAUACAUCCGGAUUUAUUUAAAAAUUGUAGGGAAAUGUAUUAUUUCAACGUGUCUGGAAAUCCCAAUUUGAUUAUACCUAAAAAUUCGCCAUUUUUAAAUGCACCGCAAUUGAAAUGGCUUUUGAUGCAAAAUUCUGGCAUAAAAAAAUUAUACUCGGAAACUUUUGACAAAAUGCCGUCGUUGAAAUUUUUAUCAUUGUCCGAUAACGAAUUAUCUACGAUUCCGUCCGAUUUGUUUAAACCUCUUAAACAUUUAACGUCUUUGGAUUUAUCCAGAAAUAAUUUCAAAUCGAUUAAUAUCGACAUGCCGACGUUUAGAACUGUCGCACUUUACAUGAGCGAUAAUCCGUGGGAAUGCGAUUGUUCUCUUUUCCCAACAAUUGAAUGGGCUAAAAAUCAUAGGAUGAAAGAUGAUGUCCGUUGCGUCAAACCGGAAAAUAAAAAAUGGCAGGAAGUGACGAAUCUCAAUUGUCCAGUAGCCGGUGCUUGA